AUGUCCUACAGAGAUUCUACUACUGCCCUAGAGUAUUUGAAGACCUUCGAAGAGAAGGACGGUUUGUCUGCCGCUCAAUUGAUGGACUCAAAGACCAGAGGUGGUUUGACUUACAACGAUUUCUUGGUCUUGCCAGGCAAGAUCGACUUCCCAUCUUCAGUGGUGGACUUGCAAACCAAGUUGACUAAGAAGAUUACCUUGAACACCCCAUUCGUGUCUUCUCCUAUGGACACUGUCACAGAGGCUGACAUGGCCAUCCACAUGGCCUUGUUGGGUGGUAUUGGUAUCAUCCACCACAACUGCUCUGGCGAAGAACAGGCUGAAAUGGUGAGAAAGGUGAAGAAGUACGAAAACGGUUUCAUCAACUCCCCAGUCGUUAUUGGCCCCACCACCACCGUCAAGGAGGCUAGACGUAUGAAGGAGGAGUUUGGUUUCGCUGGCUUCCCAGUUACUGAAAACGGUUCUCUUCCAGGUAAGUUGGUCGGUAUCAUCACUUCUCGUGAUAUCCAAUUUGUGGAGGAUGAUACCAUCCAAGUCUCUGAAAUCAUGACGAAGGAUUUGAUUGUCGGUAAGAAGGGCAUUACUUUGACUGAGGGUAACGACAUCUUAAAGAAAACUAAGAAGGGUAAGUUGCCAAUCGUUGACGAAGACGGCAACUUGGUCGCCAUGGUUUCCAGAACUGACUUGAUGAAAAACCAAUCUUACCCAUUGGCCUCCAAGUCCGAUACUACUAAGCAAUUGCUCUGUGGUGCUGCUAUCGGUACUAUCGAAGCUGACAAAGAAAGAUUGCGUUUGUUGGUAGAGGCUGGUUUGGAUGUCGUUGUCUUGGACUCUUCUCAAGGUAACUCUAUGUUCCAAUUGAACAUGAUCAAGUACAUCAAGGAGACUUACCCAGACUUGCAAGUCAUUGGUGGUAACGUCGUCACUAGAGAACAAGCUGCCUCUUUGAUUGCCGCCGGCGUCGAUGGUUUGAGAAUUGGUAUGGGUUCCGGCUCUAUCUGUAUCACCCAAGAAGUCAUGGCUUGUGGUAGACCACAAGGUACUGCCGUUUACAACGUUUCCAAGUUCGCCAAUGAAUUUGGUGUUCCUUGCAUGGCUGAUGGUGGUGUUCAGAACAUUGGUCACAUCAUCAAGGCUAUUGCUUUGGGUGCUUCUUCCGUCAUGAUGGGUGGUAUGCUUGCAGGUACCACUGAAUCCCCAGGUGAAUACUUCUUCAGAGAUGGUAAGCGUUUAAAGACUUACCGUGGUAUGGGUUCCAUCGAUGCCAUGCAAAAGACUGACAAGAAGGGUAACGCUGCCACUUCUAGAUACUUUUCUGAAUCCGAUAAAGUCUUGGUUGCUCAAGGUGUCUCUGGUGCCGUUGUUGACAAGGGUUCGGUCAAGAAGUUCAUUCCAUACUUGCACAACGGUUUGCAACACUCCUGUCAAGAUAUUGGUGUCCAAUCCUUGGCUAUUUUGAGAGAGGAAGUUGACAAGGGUUCCGUAAGAUUUGAAUUUAGAACAGCCUCCGCCCAAAUGGAAGGUGGUGUUCACAACUUGCACUCCUUUGAGAAGCGUUUGCACAACUGA